AAUGAGCAAACAACGAAUUCUUCUUAUACAAAGCCCCACACCCCCCCCCCCCCCCGCCCUGCUCUCCUUCGCCGCCUUCUUCCACAAACUCGGCGCUCAACUCGCCGGUAAUUUCUCGCCGUCUACUUAAUCGCUGUACUCGAUAUUCAUCCUAGAUUUGAUAUGAAGAACUCGGAGCCCUCAAUUGCAACUUCAACUAAAAUUACGUUUGAUGACAGUGAUGACCACGAAACUUCCUCUGGAGAAGAGGAUAUCAUAGAGCGUGAGCUUGCUGAAGUAACAUUCGAGGAGCUGCAGAGGGCGAGGUCUGAUGGUUCUGAUUUGGUUUACAGGAAGCCUAAGCCAGAGAAGAAAGGCGGUCGGGCUAAUAAGAAUAGGCCGAUGGAAAUCAGUAGCAAGAAGCCUGUUAGUAGAUUCAGAGAAGUUAUUCAAGCUCCUAAAAAGGUGGUACGGGAUCCUCGUUUUGAAUCUUUAUGUGGCAACCUUGAUGUGGAUGGGUUCAAGAAGAGAUAUAAUUUUAUUUAUGAAAAUACACUUCCUGUGGAAAAAGAGGAACUUAAGAAACAAAUGAAGAAAACAAAAGAUCCUGAAGCCAUUAAUGAUCUAAAGGACCGAUUGACUCGGAUUGAUAAAGAAUUGAAAUCAGUAGCAGCAAAGCGUACAGAGAAGGACAUUUUGGCUGAGCAUAAGAAGAAAGAGAGGGAAGCCGCAAAGAAAGGAAAACAACCUUACUAUCUGAAAAAAUCGGAAAUUCAGAAGCACAAGCUUGCUGAGAAAUUCAAGGAACUCAAGGAGUCUGGCAAACUGGAGUCUUUUAUUGAGAAAAAGAGGCGGAGGAAUGCUGCGAAGGACCACAGAUACAUGCCAUAUCGACGCCCUACUGAACAAGGGAACCAGUAGCAGCACUUGUUCUAUCACUAUUCAUCAAUUGUGCACCGGCGUGCCAUCAGGUUUUGAUUACGGAAGCUUGCUGGUCGACAGGCUUGGUGAUGGCCUUACUACGCCCGUCUCUAACAUAGAGCAGGUUGUUGGGCUUGAUGGUGGCUACACUGCGGCCAUCCCUCGUUAGAGACAGUUGAAAUCUUCAAUGUACAGGGGAAAGAUGCUGUAGUUUUCUUGUUUAUGAGUAGCAUCAUAGCUAAAUCGGAAUCAAAUUUGUUUGUGCUUAAAUUAGACUAUGAAUGUUGCAAAGUUUAUAGCAAUGAGAAAUUUUAUUGGACACCA